AUGGCUCGACCACGUACAAGGAGCACAGCUCCGAUACACUAUGUUUCCCCCAAUCCACCUCCAAUCGUCGAUGCAACAUCACAGCCACAACCAGACGGAAUUGAUGAAACUCUCCCACGUCCAACAGCAACAGAAAUUCAUCCAUUGUCCUCUUCCGUCAGCCAUGGCUAUAUUCCGGCAAUGACUCGACCUUCAACCGUAUUUUCUACAGAUCGACCUGCCCAAGAUGAUAACAAUCCUUAUUUCUUAGGCACUGGAGAUCACCCAGGGCUUCUUCCCGCUUCUCUUCCACUCACAAACAAUAAUUUUCAACAGUGGAGGCGUGAUUUCAAGAUUUCGAUUGGGGCAAAGAAAAAAUUAGCGUUCUUGACUGUUUCUCUCCCUCCACCAGCACCAACAAAUCCUCUCUUUCACUCUUGGCACCGCUGUAAUCAGAUGGUAAUGUCUUGGGCCUUACGUUCAGUUUCUCAUGAUAUCAAAAGUCGCAUUAUGUUUCUUGAAACUGCUUCUGCAAUGUGGUCUGUACUCAAUAAUCGGUUUGAUCAAGGGAGUGGUCCAAGGAUUUUUGAACUCACAGAAACCCUCAUUGCUUUUCAUCAAGGAGAUGACUCGGCCACCUUUCGUGCACAAAUCUUACUUAUUGACCCUUUUCCGUCUCUGUCCAAAGUCUUUUCCAUGAUCAUACAAGAGGAGCGCCAACGAAAACUUGCUUCCUCCCAUAACCCCAUUCUUAUUGCAGCAUCAACUUCUACAAACAAUUUACCUUCCACAAACAAGAAGCUACGACCCACCUGUUCUCAUUGCAAAAAACCAGGUCAUUUGAAGGAUAAAUGCUUCUUCUUACACGGUUUUCCACCGGGGUAUGGAAAUCGUCGCACCAACAAUGACACUCACACCAACAAAGAUUGGAGAAAACCAACUGAUUCUUUAAAAGCCCCUCCUCCUCAAUCGUUGCAAGUCUCUGGCUCUUCAAAUGACACCGGAAUUUCUACUCAAGCAACACUCACUCAACAACUGAUUUCUCUUCUAAGUCAGCAACUUCAACAAGCAGCUCCUUCCAUGGAAUCUUCACAAGCAGCUGCUUCUAAUUUCUCUGCUCAUAAUAAUUGGGUUGUGCAUCAGAUGGACAUCAACAACGCCUUCCUCCAUGGGCAUCUUGAUGAAACCAUCUACAUGAAACUUCCACAGGGAUAUUCCACUAAGGGGGAGCUACCACCUAACGCAGUAUGCAAACUCAACAAGAGUCUUUAUGGUCUCAAACAACCUUCCAGACAAUGGUACGCCAAGCUCAGCCACACACUUCUUGAAGAAGGCUUCAAACAAUCAUCCUCCGACCACACACUCUUUAUAAGAAAUAGCUCAGGUUUUUUCUUAGCCCUUCUCGUGUAUGUGGAUGAUAUAGUUAUAACUAGUAACAAUGAACAAGCUGUUAUUCAAGAUAAUAAAUUUAAAUUAAAAGAUUUGGACCCUAUUCAUUUUUUCUUAAUCCUUGAGAUUGGUCAUAAGAAAUAUGGAAUUUCUGUAUCACAAAGACCUUUCACUCUUCAAUUGUUUUCUAAUACAGGGUACUUAGGUUCAAAGGCUGCCUCCACCCCUAUGGAACCAAACCUCAAACUCAGCAAGGAUUGUGGUGUUCCUGUUCAUGACCCCAAUACUUAUAGAAGGCUCAUUAGAAAAAUGAUAUACCUCACCAUCACUAUGCCUGACAUUAGCUAUGCAGUCAAUCAACUCAGCCAAUUCCUUGUUGAUCUGAGACAACCUCACUUACAUGCUGCACACUGCUUACUUCACUACCUAAAGGCAACACCAGGACAAGGACUUUUUUUUCCAUCCUCUACUAACACUACAACAGUUCCUCAAAUUACUGCCUUUGCUGAUGCUGAGUGGGGUAGCUGUGUUGACCCUAGGAGAUCCAUCUCAGGCUAUUGUGUCUUCUUAGGCAACGCACUAGUGUCUUGGAAGUCGAAGAAACAAAUAACUGUGUCCCGUUCAUCUGCUGGAGCAGAAUAUCGUGCCAUGGCUAACACUACACCUGCUCUACUCUUUUGUGACAAUAAUGCAGCCAUACAUAUUUAAGAAAAUCACAUCUUCCAUGAAAGAACCAAACAUGCAGACAUUGAUUGUCACAUAGUCAGAGAAAAUGUUCAAAGAGGACUGCUCAAAAUGAUACAUGCCAACUCCAAGGAUAAUCUUGUUGAUCUUUUAACCAAGGCCUUGUUCCCUAUUGCUUUCCAUAACUUACUCUCCAAGAUAGGUGUUAAAAAUUUUUACACCCUAUCUUGAGGGGGAGUAUUAUAAUUGUAUUACUUAGUAACUCAAGUUAGUUUUUAAUCUUACUCAGGUUGUUAUUUUACUAUGCGAAUUGUUUACAGCUCAUUCCAGCUAUAUAAAGUCACUUUACUGAUGUAUUCAUUUAACAUAAAAGAAAAACAAAACCUAUUUUCUAAUAGUGUAUGAGCCCAGCCCUGAGAUCCCCAUCCUCUCUUGCCUCUAACCAUCAGACAACAAAUUUAAGAUGAAGGCAGAAAGUUGUAGAUUUGGGAAUUACUUUGUGGAUGGCCAAGAGAAUCCACUUUUGAGGUUCAUAAGACCUCAAAUUAUAAGACAAUUUGAAUUGUGAACAAGUCAUUUAAUGGUUGAAGGCGCACUCAGGUGCGGAACGAGGCUCGUGUGGUGAGGGCCAUCGACGAGCAGCAAGGAGCCUCAGCGACUGGCGACCCCGACUAUUGGUGACCGACAAGGUACGUCGGGGAUUAGAUAUGUCUAAUAGCAACUUUAGCAGACCCUUGUGUUGAAGGCGCAAUCAGGUGUGGAAGGAGGCUCGGGUGGCGAGGGCCACCACUGAGAAGGAGGGACCUCGGUGACCGACGACCGAUGACUGGUGACCGACGAGGGUCUCAGGGAUCAGCUACGUCCGAUGGCGACUUUAGUAGAUCCUUGUUGUGCGCGUUCGUCCGACUUGUGCAUCUAGCUAGGGCGAUUGGCUAGGGCCAUUUUCUUUUUUCGAUUGGUAUUGGCGUGGCCAUCUGGGAUCAUUUGGCUUCAUGCGAUGGAAGAAGUAGGCUGAUACUUGCGAGUCUUGCCUCUUCUUGAGUAUUGGGGAAGUAGUGAGGGCCACUCCUUACGGCGACUGGUGGUGAAUGUUGUGUCUCGAGACUUUGUCUUGACACAUCAUCGCUUCGUAGGCCGCCUCGUGGAAGUGUUGAAUAUGGGUAUAACAUUUGCCCCCAAGUCAGACUCUACGUUGGUGUGGGCCUGACUUUCAUAGUUGAGGGGGCAGUUUGCCUAUAGUAGUCUGUCACUUCUAACGGUGCACAAAUAACUCGUAUUUAUAGACCAUGAAUCCCUGAUCACUGUGGACUCGUACUGUCUUUACUGUGUAAGAACUCAUUGAAAGAUGGUGUCCUGACGCCUGGGAUGGUUGAUGGGACGGAUGCUCAGCCCGUACUCGCGUAAUCUGACCGUGAUCAAGAAUACGAUUCGUGUCUCUUUUUCUAACUUUUGAUGAUUGAGGUCGCCGUUGGCGGGGUGAAGAAUGGCGAUUGUUGACAGGAUCCCGGGCGCUGCCUUGUAAUUGGUGUCAUUGGGGUUUCUCCAUUUUUGGGAAUUAUUUUGAGUAUUUGGUACUUCCCUUUUCCAUCGAAAGUGAGUGGGUCCUGCUCCAAUAGUGCAUCAGUAGGUGGUGGCAGAGAGCCUCCUAGGCUCUUUCUUUUAUAAGGUGGCGAUGAGGGAGGGGACUUGUACCCUCACUUUCCUUAUUUUGUGUCUUGAUAAAUCAAGUAUCCACCUCUGCCUUCUUCUUCCACGGGGAAAUACUCAGUCAUUGGAAUGUUGUGGCGGAGCGCCUAGUCUAAGAGCCUAUAAAGGUGGUGCCUUUCUAUUUUCAUUUGGUGUUUCAAAAGAGGUGGUCAUUUCUCUCCUCUAGCUUGCCACCCCCCUUUGGUUCCUCUAUAGCAAGUGCUCUCGUCUCUCGCCUUUGGGUCCUCUCCUCCAAGCGCUUUCUUUAUUGUGGUAAGAUCCUUUGCCAAUUAAUUUCGCAUUUUGUUUGAAGUUUGCCUUGCAUUGGUCGAGUGCAUGUGUUCUUUAAUGAUCUCCCAAUUUCUUGCUUGACCCAUAAAAUUGAUGAUAGAAAUUGAGUGGGCUAGGUAGAACUAGGCACAUUUGUAGGAGUUGUACUUUGGGUGAUCCAAUUUCGCCAUUGGGGCCACUUAGGUCCCUUGCGAGCCUCGGGUUUCCCAUGGGUGUUGAUUGGGGCAACAAGCUCUGUUGGCCACGGGAUCUCGGUGGCUCGGCGGUGAGGGGUGCUAGGCCACUAGGGGAUCUUAUUGCCUGGGCCCUUGGUGACUGCGGCGUUCGGUGACGAGGGGCGCUUUGUAGUUGGGCACUCGGCGAUUGGGGUCCUCGGCUACUAAGCACUGGGCGACGAGGGGCCUCAACAACUUGGUGUUAGGCGAGGGCUGCGUGCGAGGGUGGCUGAUGGAGGCAGAGGUGCUACACACAUUAGGCGAGUGAUGGGUGCAUGCGAAGGGCUCGGCGCUGGUCGCUGGGGCAUGCGGGGGUACUCGCGAGGGGGCACUGGAUUCGCGCAAGGGGCGAGCACUGGACACAUAGGAGGGGCUCGGCGCUGGAGCACACGAGUGGUGCUGGAUGCGCACGAGGGGCGAGCGCUGGGCACUGGCGAGCUGAAGGGCAUUGUGGUCUCGGCUACGUCUGUACUGCUUGGUGUCAGGUUUCCUGGCCUUGCCUUUGGGGACACGGAACCUCAUUGCAUCACUUUCUCAUACAGUGGCGUGUGUGCCAUUGUUGGUUUACUUCGCUCGCGCUUUGCUGGUAGAUAGUGUCGCUGUUGCCGGGCCCUUUUCACCAAUCCAUUGUAAUAUGGACCAUUCUUAAAAUUCAUUUGUACUGACUCUUUAAAUGUUGUCUAUUUCACGUAUCCAUUUGAUUAUAUGUCUCCUAGACAACCUCCUUAGGCUAAGGCCCGCCUGAAACGCAACGUUGCUCGACCUGCCAUCAUCGAGUUAGUAUCCUCUUCUUGCGGUGGUUCUUCUGUCACUGUUAGAUGGGUUCUUUAUAUGCCGCCUUCAUCUAUUGAGGGGGAUUUCACCUAUCGCCCUUCCAUUAUGAGUACUGCACAACUGGCACAGAUGAGAUCGUGGCACAUUAUUUAUGACGAUGAUGAGUGCCGGCUUCCUAAGUUGGGCGAGCGUCCAGAUUGCCCCCCGGAGGGCUGGUAGGCGUGGAGCCCCUGUCACUGCGACCUCGGGGCAUCCUUCCCUUCCAUGAUUAUUUGUCCAGCAUCGUCGAUUAUUUUCAGGUGGCACCGUUUCAGCUGUCACCUGAAUCUUAUUGUGUCAUCCUUGGGCUCCACAUGUUGUACCACAUCUUAGGUUGGGAGUCUCCCACACCCCGCGAGAUCCUCUUCCUCUAUUAGCUCCAAUUCAAUCCAGGAGGAAAGAAGUAUGAGUUCUAUCACCUUCACGCCCAUAGUGGAGUCUCGGACAUGGUAGUCAGUGGGAAAUCUAACGCCGGGGACUACCCAUUCAUAUACUUGUUCACGAGGAGUAUUAGCUCCUCUCACCACGCCUUUAGGGAAUUUGGUAAGUAUUCCAGUCGUCUUUCUUUGCAAUACUUCUUAGGAGUAUUAGGGCAUCAUUCUCGUCGUCCUGUGGGGGAGUCCUUGCCAUUGGCGACCUGCAAGCUCCUUCACAGGGGCGGUGGGAGUCACCUGACUGUACUUGAUUUGCAUUAGUCUAAUGCGUGUGUUUGUUUUAGCAAGUAUCCCUACUCAUUCGUCGGCAGGGCCCCAGUACGAGGGUUGCUUGAACCAUCUCCAUGCUAGAGUGCCGCCAAGUACAAGACCACACACUUCAUUCUUUUCGACCAAACCCUAUAGCUUUGCAGCUUCUUGGGCGCGGACCAGUAUCUUAAUGCAACGAAGCCCUUCCCGCCCCUAGAGCACGUUGAUGAGAGAGGAUUUCCCAUCAUUAUUCUUACAGGAAGUGACAUGGUAGGUCGUGGAGUUCCAAAACCUCAUGGUGGAGACGAGGUGGAAGCCGGUGAUGAGGGGCCCGCCGUGGUCGGCGACUAGCGACCGGUGACCCCCGAGGUGGGAGGUCCUUCAGCUCCUAGCGUGGCCCAUUCUUUGUCUUGGGUGUUUUAUGAUGCCUCAAAGCUUUUUGAGGUCGGCACCUCUGGACCUUCUCAGGUGCAGGGGGAGUCUUUGUGAUCCUCGCUGUACUGCUCAUUCCCGCCUCAGUGGGAUGGCCUUUCGACUCCUACCGUAGCAGAGCUAGCAUAUAUGUAACGCCUUGGAUGCCAAGACCAUUACACUGUGUGUUUAUAAAAGUGCAAGACUUGCUAAUCAAAUCAUUUAGUUAGAAACGUGUUACUGAAACUAAAGUUGAACUAGGGUUAAAAGAUUUCGGUCACAAAAGUUUCAUUUCAUAUAAUCAAACAUUCUUUUACAUGGGUACCCAAAAGUAAUAACGUUUAAAAGACAGUUUACAAAAUCUUAGGAUAUAAAUACAGCCACUAGCCACUCUAAGGGCAAAACAGACAUUUAGGCUUUUCCCGUCCUGUACUACUACUCGGCCGUGGCGACCGAUUAGCCGACUAUGUACAUUCAACCUCAAAGCUCUCCCACUCAGGACUGGUCCACUUUACCCUUGCCUUUACCUGCACCACGUAGCACCCAUUAGCCAAGGCCCAGCUAGAAAACACAAUAACAGAGCAUAAUCACCAAUCAAAUAAUCAGAUAAUUCAUACAUUGUAAUCACAUACUCAAUAGUCCAAAACAUCCAUAUAAUCAGGCAUUCAGCAUACCAAGCUUAUCAAUUAACAUUAACAACCAAUUCACAUAUAACAAUCAGGGUCGACGCCCUUAGGUCGCACCCCUAUUUAUCCCACUGACUCCGGCCCGCUUAAACCGAGCUUAGUGAAUAUCAAGCUGUCCUCAGCUACUAGUGGCCGAGCCGCGCCCUGUGCGCAAAUAUUGAUUCCGGCACUCUUAGGUCGUUUAUCACAUGUCCCAUGGCAUAAUACCAUCUAUGACAUCAUACAGAUAUAGGGAGCUUUUAGUCCCAACAUAAUCACAUAACCGGGUGCAGUUUUCUUACCUUUGAUUCCGUUAGCUUUUAAUCAAUGAAACCAACCCUCAAGCACGAUCCCUUCCGAGCCCUAGCGUACACCUAUUCACAGCCAUAAAUCAUAAUCAUCACCAAACUUCAAUUCCAAAACCUAGCCUCGACACCAAUCCUGAGCCCUUGGGAAGCCCUAAUUCCACCAAACAAGGUGAUGGAAUCAAACACCGAGCCCCCGGGCAAAAACCCUAAGAAAUAACCCAAAAACCCCCUUCUGGAAACAGGCAUAAAGAAGGUGCUAUAGCGCUACAAACAGAGCCAAAAGGCUCUUUGACCACAAGGCCUACUGCUGUAGCGCCGUAGCGCUAGCCACAACACAACCAACUCUGUUUUUUUUUCUUCCUUCGAUUUUCCCCGAGCCAAACCUCUACAAAAUCCUUCCAAACCUCAACCAUAUCCCAAAACAAGCCUACCAACAUCUAUAACACAUCCCAUAAGACCCAACCAUAUGAAAAUCAACCAAAUGCACCCCAAGAUAAAUAAUUCACCAUGAUUGAGCUCAAAACUCGGUAGAACAACAGAAAUUCAGGACUUUGAAGCUAGAACUGCUUACCUUUGAUGGAGGUUUUCGACCUAGGUUAUCUUCCACACCUUCUUAGCUUUCAACCUCUCAAAACUUCAGUCUUAAUUCCCUAAAAUUCUCAUCAAAAUUCAGCUUAGAAAACCAUUUCAACACCAAAAACCAGAAACUGAAAACAACCUUGAAGCUUACCUUAAUUGGAUGACUAAUCCCUGCUGAAUCCUCAAGCUUAAUCAAGGUCCCAAGUGUGAAGCCUUAGCCUAAAGUUCCUAUGAAUUUUCAGCUUCAAACUCCAGAAGAAUGGAUGGGAAAAUGGUAAAUCGAGAGAGAGAAAAGGAUAAGCUUUUAGGUGUUUCGUUUUUCCUUCUUUCUUCCUUCUAUUCCUUUCUUUCAGUUUCCCUUUGAUUCUAAACUUUCCACUAAGUCAUAAAGCAGACUAAAUACUUAUCUCUGAUUUUAAGCCAAAUGACCACAUUGCCCUCCCAAUAAUAACUAAACCUUUAAAUCAUUCUAAGGGCAUUUUGGUCAUUACUCCAAAUUCCUGCUAACUCCUCGAGUGUCUUUAGUAAUUACCACUUACCUCCCGACACCUAUCUAAUUACCAAUUAUUUUCCUCAAUAACAAAUAAUCUCCAAUAUAUUCUCUAAAUUCCUAGAAAUACCCCCAGACUCACCCCGAGCCGGGUAUAAAUUCCCGCCGUGACUUUUCCGCUAACCCGCUCACUAGGAUCGCCUUGGGUCACAAGCUACAGACAUAUCCACAUAAUAAUGUGGUCUCAACAAUUUAUCACAAAUAUUUACAUUUAUGCCCUCAACGGGCCAAAAUUACAAAUAUGCCCUUGUAACCUAAUCAGGGCCUACAUGCAUACUAAUACACAUAGCUAUGCAUUACAUAUAUCCAAAUAAUCAUAUAAGCAUGCUUAUCACAUAAAACAUGUAUUUUCACCAUUAAUUCACAUAACUUCCAAUUGUUUCCUCUCGGCACACUAAUCAAGGCCCUUAAGCCUUAUUAGUAAUUUUGGGUCGUUACAGUAUAUGCCUUUCUUCUCCACUGAUCUGUGUGGUCACAAGCUUGAUAUAGAGGAUGAGGUGUUAGUGGGGUCCAUCUUGGAGAACUGGGCUGGUUAGAGUUCUCUUGAUUCUCUUCAGAGUGGAAGGGUGCCUGCUAGUGGGCUUUCUUUCACAGAUUUGUUGGGACCCAUGGACCCAUCAGAAUUAUUUUCUCAGCCCUUGACCAUUCAAGGGGGUUCUAGAACGCAAAAAAAAGACCUUCGACCCAGAGUCAAUCAUGCGGGAAAGCCCAGAUGGUCAGGAUCCGACCUCUAGCUGUUGCUCCCUCCAGUCCUGUUCCAUUAGAUUUUCUUCUAGAGAGAGCUUUGUUCCUGCAGCGUCAGCGUGCACAUUGCCUUUUUCCGCACCGACUUCUUCAGAGUUGCCACCUACCGCGCCUCUUCUAGCAAGCGUUAGCAUGGUGAGAGGAAUGCUGUAGUCCAUAGCAUUAGGCCCUCACCUCCUUCGCAGCAACCACUAGCUCUUAUUUUGACUUGUCGCGCCAACCGAUGGAGAAUAAUGUUAUAGUGGUGCUGACUGUUGUGAAUCUUCAUCGCUAGCUUAAGCAGGAUGCUGAAGAUCUUUUGAAGACUCGCUCAAAUUUUGAGAGCACCCUUUUUGUCCUCAAGAGCUCUCCCACUGCCCUCGACGCCUCGGAGCAGGAGCUCGCGAGGGUCCACUCUACCUAUGAGGACACUACCAGAGUGGCGACAUCUUCCCAACAGAAUGCCAAGGCAUGGAAGAUUCAACAUGAAUCCAUUGACGUGCUUCGCAUGGCCAAGGGAGACAAGUCUGUCGUGAUGUUGAGGCGACUCACAAGAGCAGCAGCGAGAAGACCAACAACAUAUUGUUCUCUCUUUGGCACUUCAAACAUGGAAUUGACUUCAGGUUUAUUGGUGAGCCAACUGCCAACAUCAUUUCAUCAUACUGUUGGGCUCACCUAGCUGAGGAGACAAGCAAAGGGGAGAUAGAUGACAGUGUUGCCAAGGACUCAGGGAACACCGUUAUGGACGUUGCUGAUGAGGUUGGUGUUGAUCGGGCUGCCCCAGAACAGGUUGGUGCCAAGGGAGUUGCAUCUGUUGAGGCUCUUGUUUGCAAGGUGGCCACUGGCGAGGGGGCUAUUGGCGCGGGCGCCAUGGGCAAGGGUGUCACUAGCGAGGGCGCCAGUGACAUGGGCACCGUUGGCAUGGAUGACUGAUCCACCAACCCUGUAUAGGCUCCUUAUCACUGUUUUUCUUUAUUUUUAUUUUUUACAUUGGACUGUAAUCCCAUCUGUAUGAACAUUGCCCUUAACUUGGUCACUUUUUGUUGUAUAUUGAUGAUAACUUCUGCUUGCUUUCUGCAUUUAUGCUUGAUGUUG